UCCAUUAUGAAACAGUUGCCCUGAUCACAUCAGCUGGACCCAGCCUCUUCCUGGUCCCGGUGGCAGCAAAUGCUGGUAACCCUGUCACUUGGGGCUGCAAAAGAAGGAGCUGCUGACGGUUUCUGGCAAACAAUUUGAACUUUGAACAGAAAGCUGGAGUGUUUUGAGUGAUACAAAUUAGCGAGCAACAGGCAAGUGUCUGGGUGCUGCUAGUUGGCUCAGCAAGCCAUCCUGCUCAAGACUGCUUCCUGCCGCUUAAUUCAGGGGCAGGAAAUACCACCCGCCCCUUUGCCAGUCGCCAAUGUUCCAGCUGACAGCUACCCCCGCAAGUGCCCUUGCAGAUGAGCCAGUGCACAUCCGAGCGACAGGCCUGCCCCCGUUGCAGUUGGUGACCCUUACAGCAUCUCUGAAGGAUGAGAAGGGAAAACUGUACCGGUCCAAAGCUUUCUAUAGGUCUAACGAAGCUGGUGAGCUGGACCUGCAGCAGGCUCCUUCAUUUGGAGGCGACUACGUGGGGGUCCAUCCGAUGGGCCUCUUUUGGUCUCUGAAGCCUGAGACGGUUUUUGGGAGGCUGCUGAAGAGGGAUGUGAUGAACAGCCCCUUUUUGGUCACUCUGGACCUAUACGACUCAGUUUGCUUCUACGACUCAGCCUUGGUUAAGCCCAGGGUCAGCCAGGUGGUGCAGCGCUGGUACUCCUGCCCUGGGACACAGCGGAUUCAGAUCCGAGAAGGCCGUGUGCGAGGAGCCCUUUUUCUCCCACCAGGGGAAGGCCCUUUCCNGCCUCCACACGACCAUGUCCAAAGACCAGGAAUCGGAGUGAUCUCCGUGAGCAAAGGUGCAGAGAUCGGGCUGGCCAUGGCCUGCUUCCUGAAGCAAGUGGUAGCCACUGUCUGCAUCAAUGGACCCAAUGCCGUCUUUGAAUUUCCCUUCAGGUACAAGGAUCUGGUUAUGACACCCAUCCCGUCAUUUCUGGAGCGCACGCAGAUUGAUGUUUCAGGGGCUGUGCGCCUCCGCCACUUCAGGGGAGACCCUCGGGAUAAACGAUAUCAGCAGAGCGUAUAUCCUAUUGAAAAGGCCCAGGGUCAGAUCCUCUUCAUUGUAGGAGAGAAUGAUGAAGUGAUCAAUAGCAGAGAAUAUGGUAAACAGGCCCUGGAUCAGCUGCAGAGCCACGGGAGAAGCAAUGGAAGGAUGCUGGUGUACCCCGGGGCAGGCCACCUCAUAGAGCCACCCUAUGCGCCCCUGUGCUAUGCUUCCCGGAACACCCACCACUAUUCCACACCCCUGCUCUGGGGAGGAGAUCCAGUGGCGCACGCAGCGGCCCAGGAGCACGCCUGGGGAGAGAUCCAGAAAUUCUUCAGGCAACACCUCGUUCAGACCAGCAGCAAACUCUGAGCAACAGCUUAGGGGGCGUGAUGACGUAGGGAGAUAAAAACAAGGAUAAGGCAGGGAUGUAGCGAGGAGAGGGGGCGCUUCUGAUUUCUCUAUUUUCAGCUAUCCUGAAUGAACUGGAAGGAAACGACAAAUCAAAGGACCAAAGCAUAGUUGCAUUUCAACUGUUUCUGACCAAUUUGUAUGUAUUUUGGAUUUUUGUAAAUUGAAUCUUAGUUUAUAUGCAUCAGGAUACGUUGCUAUUUCAGAAUUACCAUACCCUUGCAAACUGAAUAACCUUUUGUACCCCAGUUAGGGAUAUUAACAAGCCAGGUAUUGCCAAUCUAGAUAAAUUCCCUGGAACUUCUAAGCUACCUGUGGAAAUACGUUUUCCGUUUAAACUAUUUUGAGUUGAGUUUCUGACACUUGAUAUGAAAAGUUCUAAUGUCACCAUCAAGUGUAAUACUUGCUAUAGAUUGCCAGUAGAUACUUUAUUUUUUUUUAAACAGUGAUGCUUCUUUUUCUUCCUAAAAUAUAUAUAUUUUUUGCAGUUUUAAUCAGGAGUGGGAUUGAAUUUAAUCAAGUGCCUUUGUAGCAUUUAUUGAAAUUAAAUGAGUUAAUAUAUUUAAA